AUGCCGUCGUUAAAUCCAAUUCCAAUCGACGACGCCAGCUGGAAGCACGGUAAUGUUUUUCUCGACGAUGCACAAGAAGUUCGGAUCCAUUACAUCGAUUGUCCACCAUAUCCAGACAAGCCAGACCGGACCGAAGAAACCAACACAAUCCUCCUAAUCCACGGAUUUCCAAACACAUCCUAUCAAUGGCGACAUGUCAUCACACCCCUAGCAAAAGCAGGAUACCGCGUAAUCGCGCCCGACUACCGCGGCGCAGGCGAAUCAUCUCAUCCCGCGAAUGGCUUCGACAAAUUAACCAUCGCGACCGAUUUACACAAAUUACUACACGACCAUUUGAACAUCAAGAAAUCCAUUCAUGUCGUCGGUCAUGAUAUCGGCGGCAUGAUAGCUCACGCCUAUGCUGCCAAAUUCCCAGAUCACACCCUCAGCGUCACAUGGGGCGAAUGUCCGCUCCCUGGCUCCACACCCUACGAAUCCGGCUUCAAGAACUCCCCUGGGAUGUGGCAUUUCACAUUCCAUCAGCAGACCGACCUGCCUGAAGCGUUAGUCGCGGGUCGUGAACGUAUCUAUCUCAAGCAUUUCUACGAUCGUCUCUGCGUGAACCCCGCAGCCAUCACACCAGCCGAUUUAGACCACUACGUGACGAGUUUCGCGCAGCCGGGGGGUAUGAGAUGUGGGUUUGAGCUGUAUCGCGCGUUUCCGCGGGAUGCGAGGGAUAAUCGGAGGAUGUUGGAGGAGAGGGGGAGGUCGAAGGUGCCGGCGUGUAGUUUGAGUGGGGAGGGGAGUUUGUUGUUGCAGGUUGCGGAGGAGCAGACGAGGGAGUUUUAUGAGAGUGUGGAGGUUGCGACGGUGGAGGGGAGUGGACAUUGGUGUGCGGAGGAGAAUCCGGGGGGUUUGGUUAGGAAGGUGAUGGAGUUUGUGGGGAAGUAUGACAAAUCGUAA